AUGACCAAAAUCCGGGUCGGCAUCGUCGGCCUGUCCAGCAAGCCGGGGGCCUGGGCGGCACUGGCUCACCUCCCCCGGCUGGCGUCGUCGCCCAACUUUGAGAUCGUCGCCAUGUGCAAUUCCACCCUCGCGUCCACCAAGGCCGCCAUCACCGCCCACAACCUGUCCGAGGACACGGUCAAGGCCUACGACUCGUACGACGCCAUCGCCGUCGACCCGGACGUCGACCUGUUCGUGGUCUCCACCCGGGUCGACAGCCACCUCGACGUCGUGGUGCCGGCACUCAAGGCCCGGCGCAACGUCUUCGUCGAGUGGCCCCUGGCCACCACCACCGAGGAAGCCCGCCAGAUCGCCGCCCUGGCCCGCGACCAGGGCGUGCGCACCAUGAUCGGGUUCCAGGCGCGGGCGUCGCCGUCCAUCAACAAGAUCCGGGAACUGGUCAGCACGGGGGCGGUGGGCGAGAUCCACAGCGUCAACUACCACGGCGUCAUCAACAACUGGCAGGACAACGCGGCGGACGAGCGCUACGCCCACUUCCUCCAACGCAAAGUCGGUGCGAACCCGCUGACCAUCUACGGCGGGCACGCCCUGGACUCCAUCCUCUUCGCGAUCGGCGAGCUGAAGCCGGGCACCUACCAAGCGCUGGCGGUCAACCUGCGUCCACGGAUGCCCAUCAAACGCGCCGCCGACGGCACAUUAUCCCCCGAGCUGUACGACAAGGACACGCCCGACCAGAUCCUGCUGCAGGGCCAAUUCGACCGCUCGCCCCCGGCCGUGCUGAGCUUCCACCUGCGAGGGGGCGCGCGGUUUCCCGACGCGCCGGGCUCGACAUGGGAGAUCUUCGGCACCAAAGCGAUCCUGGUGGUGACCUUUGCCAGCGCGGGCCCGCAGAUGGCCAAAGCCCUGACCUUUCGGCGGUACGAUCUGGCCACCAAGGCGGUGGAGGACAUCGUGGUCGACGAGGGCGGGGACGAGUGGACGUCCCUACCGAACCAGGGCCAGAAUAUCGGGCGGCUGUACGAGGCCUACGCCGCGGGGGCCGGGUACGCGGAUUUCGAUCUCGCGGUCAAGAGGCAUGAGUUGUUGGAUGAGUUCUGGGCGUCGAUGGAGGGUCGUCAGGCAUGA